ACAACGCAGCGAUACAUCUGUUAUUAAUUUGCUGAACAUUCAAGAAGAGGAAGCAAAACUAUACAAAAUUGCUUUAUUUGUAUUUAAUAUGCUAGGAAAAUAAUCAGAGUAUUAAAAAAAGGAUACAUACACUAUGGAUUUUGACAGUCCGGAUGUUGAAAAAGAUUUCCCCGGUUUGUACGCUUCUGAAGGCGCAGAUGGUAAAGCGAAGACAAUUUCAGAUAGCGAAGGUGAUCAUGAUAAGUUAAGUAAGAAAGACUUGCUCAUUGGGCGGCGAAAGGAUAAAAAAGAGAAAAGUAAAGAUAGAGGCUAUGCAGCACUGGAAGGAGAAAGCUCUCCUGAAGAGGAACUAGAUGCUAAAAGCCCUUCUAAAGCGAAGAAAUCGAAGGCUUUUAAGUUCACCUCGUCAAAAAGUAAAGAAAAACGCGAGAAGUCUCGAGAUAAAGAAAAGUGCGAGAAGGAUGGAAAAGAUGAGGAGAAGUCUAAAGAAAAAUCAGAUAAAGAAAAAAAUACUGAAAAGGACCGUGAUAAGGAUAAAGAUCACAAGAAAAAAGAACGCAAGGAAAAGGAUAAAAAAGAAAAAUCUAAGGAUAAAGAUAAGGAUAAAGAUCGUAAAGAAAAAAAAGAGAAAACCAAACAGUCUAGUAUAACGUCUGAAGAAGCUUUAGAAUUGGGGUCGCCUGUAUUUGGGGUGUCGGUCAGUUUGGCUACCGAACGUAGCCGUUGUCAUGAUGGUGUAGACAUACCAUUAGUGAUUAGGGAUUGCAUCGACUAUUUGCAAGAACACGCUCUAAAGAGUGAGCAAAUUUACAGGAUUGAACCAAUGAAAACUCGACUUUUACAUUACAAACGUUUGUACAACAACCGAGAGCGGCAACCAGAAACUGAUGAACUUGAUUUACCGAUGGCUUGUGGUCUAAUGAAGUUAUUUUUAAGAGAACUUCCCGAGCCAAUUUUGACCACCGAUUUAAUCGCAUAUUUUGAAGAAGUGGGUUCUUACCCGCAGGUCUCGCGGCAGCAAGAAGAACUUGAGCAGUUAUUGGAGCUUUUACCGAGUUGUAACAAAACUUUACUGUCAUGGAUUUUGCUUCAUUUCGAUGCAGUGAUUCAACAUGAAAAAUGGAAUAAAAUGAAUGCUCAGUCCCUAGCUAUGUUGUUAAGCCCACCUCUGCAAAUGUCUCACCGUUUACUGGUAGGGCUCUUGUGUCAUUGCUCUACAAUGUUUGCCGACGUGAAAUUAAUAAAAUAUAUACCACCGUUAACUGCUUCCAGUCCUAUGCUGCCGGAUACCCCCAAGGAGAUACAAAUUGAACUACGUAAGCAAGAAAGCUUAUUAAAUCAAAUUCACUCCGAAAUGAAUGCUGGUUUCGUCUCGAAGAAACGCGAAGAACAGUUGUGGGAAGUUCAACGAAUCAUAACACAAUUAAAGCGAAAAUUACGUAGCUUUGAAAAGAAACAGGAGAAAUCCGUGGAAGAGCUAGAAAUUAGUACAAAUAGUUUAGGUAAUGGCACAACAAAAUUUUUAAUGACAGCUAUACAAAUUGGUUCAGACGACGAAUCCAAUAAAACUAUAUCCACUGCUAACGUUUCUUCUUCAGAAACAAAUGAUGUAGUUAAUGUUGUCCAGCAAUUAGACGAAGAUGAAGAUUCAAUCCGGGAAUCGAUUGAUCCGCUAAUUUCCUGUAAUUCACCUCUAAAUAAUAACAGUAUUAAUGACUCAGCGGACGAUUUCUACGUAGAUCAAGAUUCCGGUUUUUUGCUGGUGUCGAAAGCCCAUCCCGAUUACCCUAAAUUAAUUCGUUUGCAAUUAGAAAAUCAAGAAUUUUUAACAUGGAAGGGCCAGCUACAAGCCCGCAUUAGUGCUGAACGCGCUGAAAUAUUGCGUUUAAAACAAAUGCUACAGCAAGCAACUGCUAAAAAUCUUAAACUUAAAUUAGAUAAUAAUUCCAGCGAAGAGUUGGCCAUAGAGGACUAUGAACGCAUCGUCGAGCAAUAUAUAAAGGAGAACACUCUUCUGGAACAUAAAAAACAAAUGCUCUCUAAAGAAAUUUUCGAAGAAAAAAAACAGUGCAUAGCGUUACAAGUGGAAAUAGCAAUGCAACAAUUCUAAAUCAUCCGAGCGAAAUUGAAAACUGUUCUGAAAUUAUAAAGUAAUUAACGAAAAAAUCUUGCUGUAAAAUAAAACACAGAAUAUGAAUGGCUCAGUUAGGCGUACCGACUACCCUUUUUCGCAAAAAUGAACCUCUUUUUUACAGAUCUGAAAAUAUCAUUUACGUUGUAAAUAAUUUAUUAGUAUUAAAAAUCAAACAGUUAUUGCCAAUCGUAUUGCUCGCUUCGCUCUUGUGGUAAUAAAUUGGAAAGUAGGUAAAAUUAAUGAAGUUCUGAUGCAGAUUAAAGCAACACGCAACAAGCUGUAGUGUGAUACAAACAAGCAUUAAUUACAUGUUUGCUUAAUUUCUUUUAGGAUACGCCCUUAUUAUACGUUGACUGGUAUUCUCUCGUUUUAUCCGCUAUCGGACAAUAAGGUAAAACUUUAUACCAAAAUUCAAGAAUACAACAGAUGGAUUUUGGAGACGAUUGAAGAGUGACUUCACUUAUCAAUUAGCCGAUUAAGAUCAAAAUGUUAUGUGGAUUAUAAGUAUGAAACAAAGCCAAUGGUAAUAGCGCGCUGAAGAAAGGAAACAGAGCUAUUACGGAUUUGAUUACAUUUACUAUAGUGAAAUUUUUGUUUAUAACAUUUCUCAAUUUUUGUGCACAUAAGUAAGGAGAAGAUUAGACCAUUGCGCUGUUUUGAUUAACGUGGAUAAUACGAUAUAAUUUAAGAAACUAUAACAAACAGAAUAAAAGCAAUAGUUUUAGGUAUAAUAAAGAAAAGCCCUUCAGCCAAUUAUCAUGGAGCGUUGACUAUUGAUUCUCCUUUUAUGUUAUUGUUGGAAUUGAUUUUAAUUUCCUAUGUAUAAAUUGUGAGAAGGAUUUUUUCAAAUGCUAUUAAUAGAAACCUAUAUAUGCGAAGGAGAGAUUUGAAAGUAUGUAUGUAUGUAUGUAUAAGUAGUUUUAAUUUUGAAGAUGAAAUUUUUCGAAAAGAUUAACAAUAUAUUUGAUCUUUCUUUUCUUUGUU